GAACCGAUCGAAGAUCCUUUUCCUCCCUCCCCCCCUCUGCUCCUUAUAUACGCCGCUGAGCCAAUCAAUCCCGCUCAUGUUAUAGCCUAGCCGCCCCUUCUGCUAGCGGCAGCAGAAGAAGAUGGAGAGAGACGAAAGGAGGUGGAUGGAGGGGGGGAAAUGUAUAGAGACAUGGAUAAACGUAAGGAGCCGUUCUCCUUAUAUACACACACAAGGAGCCGAAGAAGAAGAAGAAGAAGAAAAACAAACAAUCAGCAACUCGUCUGUGCUGCUCCUGAGCUCCUCGAAACUCUAUCGGACCGGCUGCACAGCAUCCGUCUGCUGCUGCGCAUGUCCGUGCUGUCGGGAGUCCCGCGAAAGCAGCCAGUCCUGGCAAGCCGGAAUAGGAGCUGACGUGGGGGGAGAUCUCGAGAGGGCACGGACCGCUCAAUAUCGGUUACACGGGCCGGAAGUCGGACGAGAGCCUCAUCGCGCAGUGUAGGGUUUGCUCUAGCCACAAGCGGCCGCAUCAUGUUCUUGACGUCAGUUUCACUUUGAUUUGACUCAACCCCCGUCACACACGUCGCACCAUCUCCCACCCCUCUCUUUGGGUCUCCCAGCUGCCCGUCUCUUUUCGAGUCACUCUCUCUCUCUCUAUUUCUCUCUGUAAUUCUCGCAUUCCUUUUUAAAUUGUCCCGAACCAAUUUCAUUCCAUCGGAGAGCACAUAUACGCGUUACACAGCAACGACAAAUCGGAAGAUUGUGCAAUUCUCAAGAGUUGGUGUGGUCUGUUGGCCGGCCAGUGGUGCUGCUGGACCGUUUUGGCUUUGUGUGUGUGUGUGCGUGUAUGUGCUCUCCAUUGCAAUUGCAUUUGGAAUAGUCGAUCCUAGAAAAGAAGGAAAAAAAGGGGGAAAGAUUGCGUUGCAUCGAUCCAUCCAUCCAGGGCGAGCAUCAGCACCGAGCGGGAGAGAAAGAAAGAGAGAGAGAGAGAGGAGAAACGUAUAGAGAGACGUAGCGGGAGUGGGUGGGAGGGGGAACGUGAAAGCGGGCGGGAAGAAGAAGAAGACGACGGGUGGAAGGGAAAAAUGGCCUCGCAAUUCUUCAGCCGGUUAAAUAUGGCCGUUCCGCCCAUCGGAGCGUCUUUAGGAGCCGCCUGGACAUCAGUGCGAUCGGCUCUGCCGGAUUCUUGCCUCAACAGCCAGCCGGAUGAGCAGCUCCACUUUGCCAAAUUCGGGCGGAAGCCCAACGACACGGAGCUGUCGACUCUGCAGAACAACGGAGCGGAGGGCAAUUUCCAGCGGGUCGACUCGAUCGGCGACGAUGACGAGAGCUGCGGCGGAGGCGAAUUCGGCAGCUCCAGGCACAAGAUCUCCGAGUGGCAGGCCGGAUGGAACGUGACCAACGCCAUCCAGGGCAUGUUCGUCGUCUCGCUGCCGUACGCCGUCCUGCACGGCGGCUACUGGGCCAUCACGGCCAUGAUCGGCGUGGCCUACAUCUGCUGCUACACGGGCAAGAUCCUGGUCGACUGCCUCUACGUCACCAACGAGGAGGGCCAGCUGGUGCGGGUGCGCGACACUUACGUCUCCAUCGCCGAGGAAUGCUUCGGCCGGCGGGUGGGCGCCAGGAUCGUCAACACGGCCCAGAUGAUCGAGCUGCUCAUGACCUGCAUCCUCUACGUGGUCCUGUGCGGCGAUCUGAUGGUGGGCACCUUCCCGGACGGCGCCAUCGACACCCGAUCCUGGAUGAUGAUUUGCGGGAUCCUCCUGCUGCCGUGCUCCUUCCUCAAGAACCUGCACCACGUCUCGACGCUCAGCUUCUGGUGCACGAUGGCUCACGUGGUCAUCAACGUCAUGAUCAUGGGCUACUGCCUCCUGCAGGCCGCCACCUGGGGAUGGUCCGAAGUCUCCCUGCGCAUCAACAUCUUCACGUUCCCCAUUUCCCUGGGCAUCAUCGUCUUCAGCUACACGUCGCAAAUCUUCCUGCCGGCUCUCGAGGGCAACAUGAGCGACCCAACAAAGUUCCACUGCAUGCUCAACUGGAGUCACAUAGCCGCCGCCGUCUUCAAAUCGCUCUUCGGCUACGUCGGAUUCCUCACCUGGCACGCCGAAACCGAGGAAGUCAUCACCAACAAUCUGCCCACGCAAGGCUUCAAGGGCGUCGUCAACUUCAUUCUUGUCGCCAAGGCGUUGCUGUCGUACCCUCUGCCUUAUUACGCCGCACUGGAUCUGCUGGAGAGAGCCUUCUUCAAAGGACGGCCAGAAACGACUUUUCCUCGCAUGUGGUCGCUCGACGGCGAGCUGAAAGUCUGGGGCUUGGCCCUGCGCGUCGCCCUCGUCGUCUUCACGGUCGUCAUGGCCAUUUCCAUCCCGCAUUUCGCCAUCCUGAUGGGCUUCAUCGGCAGCUUCACGGGCACCAUGCUCUCCUUCAUCUGGCCGUGCUAUUUCCACCUCAAAUUGAAGGGACCCACUUUGGAUUGGGGCACCGUCGCCUACGAUUGCUUCGUCAUCUUCCUGGGCGUCCUCUUCGGCGUCAUUGGCAUCUACUACUCGUUCCGGGCCCUGGUCAAGGAAUUCCAAAUCGGCUUGCCCUUUUAACUUGAAAAAACAACAACGGCAGCAGCAGUUAGAGAGCUCUGAGUUGUGUUCAUCCAUUGUCUUCCAAGCUAAACAAACAAACCAAAUGAACAUGUGAACCCAAGUCUUCCAAGAAAUAAUGUGUUUUAGACAUAGAGUUACCUUUUAGUCAUGAAUAGUUGAAUAGGUUUCACUUCCAUCGAUAAGAGAGAAAAAAAAAACGUGUGUGUCGCUUUGAUGUUUUAUUUUGCAAACUGAAAAAGGAUAUAUCGUAACCAAGUCUUCCAAACUCAAGAGUUACCUUCAAUUAAAUACUAGGGGAUUCAGUUCAUUUCAUUUUGUUUCUCCUGUAAUGAAAAAAGCUAAAAUCGACAAAAACAUUUUACUUCAUUGACAAAUGUUGACGGGCCACACGGCUAAAUGUUGAACCCCAUUCCUUUGAUUGUUUAAACCUCUUUUUUAUCCUCGUAUUUGUUAUUAUUCAGGCCAAUAUCUUUUCUAAUGCGGUCGUCAUAUCAGUUCCAACUACAAAAAUAAAAUAAAAUAAAAAAUACUUUGUGUGAUAAGGUCGGCGAGAUAUGUCCCCAUUCCGCUUCACGUGUUCUGCCCCCGUUGACAGAAAGAGUGCGUUCGAAUAGUUGAUGAUUUCGGCAUUUCAAAUUAAAAAUUCCAUUAGCAUUUUGUACUGAAAAAGAAAAUUAAUAAUGUUUUUUUGAAUGAGAUAAGAAUCCAACGUCUUCCAGACAAACUGUCGCGAUCUCUCUUUUUAUCUCUCUCCGUUUUCUCUGUAUAAUCUUCUUCUUUUAGUCGUCGGCCAUCACAGUUAACUAAUCAAGUCUAACCGGUUGUAAGAAAACUGUCGACAAAGAUUUCAAACUCACAGCAUAUCAAAUCGCUAUGAGGCGAUGAGCUCUAACUUUCCAAAUGUCUUCCAAUUUGUGCGCUUUGAGAUGUUUUGUUCCUGCCCCUUUUUAAUUCUACAUUAUCCUCCUAAUACCAUAUCAAUCGGAUGUCUUCCAGACUUGUACAACCUAUCGAGUAAUAUGGAAUCGCUAACAAGUUGUGUAGUUGUUUGUCAUCAACGUCAAAAUAUACACGUUAGUUUGAAUGUA